AUGGAGACUAGCAGCUAUAGUACCCCCAAACGUCGACGCCCCGCGCUGGCCUGCGAGGAAUGUUGUCGGCGCAAGAUCCGAUGCGAUCGAGAGUCCCCUUGCACAUACUGCAGUCGGUUCAGACGUGUCUGUAACUAUCCUGCUGGUUCUCGCAAAGAGACCCCCAGGUAUGACCGCACUAGCGAUCUAUCUGCGUCUAGAUCGCAAAGUCCACCAGACGCACCGAAUCACGAUGCGCUUGGAAACCGCGUCACCGCGCGAGAGCCUUCCCAUGGCUCUGCUAACGCUCACCAAGAACCGUCUCAUCCUACACCAUCGGUAGAGGCUUUGACAAAUCGCAUUCAGCAGCUAGAGAAGAAGCUCAGCGAGGCUCUCAGUUCGCAGACGGAAAGUCGAUCACACCAACUCCCAACGGCGGCAACUGAACCUACCGCCAUCAACGGGAUAUUCUCAAAGACGAGAUUCUUUGGAAAUAGCCAACGGUCAAUCUGCGACCGUAAAUUUCGUCACCUGUUUGCCAUGUUCUUCCGGCUCGACCCCCCCGAAAACUCGGAGAUUCAUGCCCUCGUCGAGCAAACUAAGCGGCUCGCACGAACGGUGAAAGCCCAGAUAAUACUCCAUCAACCUGUCUGCUCCGACCUGCGCGGUUUGAUUCCGCCCAGGCAUGUGUCGGACCAGCUUGUGCGGGCGUAUCUGCGAGCCAUGGAGUCGGUCUACCGCAUCGUGCAUAUACCGUCAUUCAUGCAGGCUUACGAACUAUUUUGGAUCGACUCUUCAUCAGCUGCCCCAGCCCUCAUCAUCAAGAUUCUGCUUAUCAUGGCCAUUGGCAGCGUUUUCUGCCAGGACCAUACCCAGGAUGGCCUCCCCAUCUCACGAGCAGUUGUCCUAAACUGGGUCUACACGGCGCAGACAUGGCUCAGCUCUCCGUUCGAUAAGUCCCGACUAGAUCUCGAUAGUCUUCAGCUACAGUGUCUCCUUCUCAUCGCCCGUCAGAUCAACCCAGUCGGCAGUGACCUGGUCUGGCUGGCUGCUGGCACUUUGCUUCGAACAGCCAUGCACAUGGGCUUGCACAUCGAUCCCCGCCAUAUCCCAAACAUCUCCCCCUUCAACGCAGAGCUGCGACGCAGACUCUGGGCAACGGUCCUCGAAAUCAACCUACAGACCAGCACAGACGCAGGAGGGAUCCCUCUAAUUUCCACUGACGACUACGACUGCGAGCCACCGAUGAAUAUUGACGAUGAACAAAUGGAAAACCCGACCGCACAGCCCAUGGAAAUGUUCACCCAAACCUCCCUUCAAAUUGCACUUCUCCGGUCUCUACCCAUCCGACUCCAGAUCGCUCGCUUCACCAACGAUUUCCGUAGCGGUGUUUCCUACGAAGAAGCCCUGCGUCUCAGUGCAGAGCUCACAGCGAUCUACCGAGAUAACUCGACCCUGUUCCAGUCCUUUCACAAGGGCGUUUCUAAACCUACUCCAUUCCACUCCCGCCUCUUCGACCUCAUGACACAACGCUUCCUCCUCGCUCUCCAUGACCCCUUCACCAUCCGAGCCAAGUCCAACCCGACCUACUACUACUCGCGACAGAUGAGUCUCCAGACCUCGCUCCAGAUCCUCAGCCCCUUCACCUCCGAUGCCCCUGACACCGCCGCCGAUCCUGACUACACCUCGCUCCUCCUCAUCGGCGCAGCCCUCUACCGCGACGUCACCGCGCAGGCCAUCUGCACUAUCGCUGACGAGAGCCUGGACAUGCUUAACGGGAGACAGACGUCCCUGACGGCACUUGGUCCCAGUCCCGCGCACGAAACACAGCUCCUCGCUCUCCGAGCCAUCGUGGAACGCUGCACAGCCUAUUGCAUGGAGCGGAUUCGAGCCGGGGAGACUAACAUCAAGGGGUACUUGAUGUCGUCAUUCUUCCUUGCCCAUAUCGAUGCCCGAUUGAGGAACGAACCGAUAGAGCCGGUAGUGUUUGAAGCAUUCCGAGCUGACUUGAAGAAAUGUAUCGAAUUGCUGGAAGAAUUAGUCGAGCGGGCCAGAAGUUCCACUUCCACCUCUCCUAACCUCCCUGUGCCCGAAUCUGGUAUUUCAUCCAGCCCAGAAGAGAACCACGACUGGCUUGCAAACGACGAACUAAUGCCCGAUCUAGGCCCCAACAUGGACAUUAUCACCUGGCUCACAAUGCAAGGAAUGGUCUAAUCUAGCCAUAAUUCUUCCAAUCUCAUCCCACCAAUUACAUUACAUAGUACAAACUAUAUCAUACCCC